UAUCUUGAACUCUCUUAAUGAUAACUCCACUUGAGAGGAUCAUUCAAUUUCAAACAAUGGCAAGCUUCAACUUUGUGUACUUUCUUUCUAUUGUAUUCUCUUUGUUCAUCUCCACUGGAUGUGUCAUAGCAUCACAUCCAGUGGUCAAAGCUGGUUAUUACCCUUCAUGGGCAUUAGAUAAUCUCCCACCUUCAGCUAUAAACACAUCAUAUUUCACUCAUAUCAUCUAUUCUUUUCUUGUGCCUAGCAACGUUACCUUCAAGUUCAACAUAUCAAGUUCAGAAGCUAAGAACCUCUCAAAUUUCGCCACCACACUUCAUCACAAAAACCCACCUGUGAAGGCUCUUUACUCCAUUGGUGGAGGAGGUGUUGAUCCAGACCGUUUUGGUCGCAUGGCAUCCAAAGCGUUGACACGUCAAAUCUUCAUAAAUGCAACCAUUGAUGUUGCACGUAAAUAUGAGUUUGAUGGGUUUGACUUGGACUGGGAAUUCCCUGAAAGCCCGAAAGAAAUGAAUUAUUUUGCCCAAUUACUAAAAGAGUGGCGCUAUGCAAUCGAAAAGGAGGCUAGGAUCACACAUAGGCCCCCUCUACUGCUCACCGCCGCUGUGUACUACUCGGCGGACUUCCUUGUCUACGGUGACCGCCGCUCCUACCCGGCGGCUGCGAUUAAGAACUACAUGGAUUGGGUCAAUGUGAUGUGUUAUGACUAUCAUGGGUCAUGGAACACUUCUGCAACUGGGGCCCAUGCUGCAUUGUUUGACCCAAACACUAAUUUGAGCUCAAUCUAUGGGCUUAAGUCUUGGAUCAGGGCUGGAGUACCUGGAAACAAGAUAGUCAUGGGCUUGCCACUCUAUGGAAAGUCAUGGAAGCUCAAAGACCCCAAAUUGCAUGGAGUAGGAGCACCAGCAGUUGGUGUGGGCCCAGGAGAUGAUGGUGUGCUUCUUUACUCUGAGGUGGUGGAGUUUAAUAAGAAGAAUGAUGCCACUAUAGCAUAUGAUGUGAAUACUGUAUCUACUUAUUCUUAUGUUGGGUCAUUGUGGGUUGGGUAUGAUGAUGCUCUGUCUACAACAGUGAAGGUUGGGUUUGCUCAGGCACUUGGGCUUCGUGGGUAUUUCUUCUGGGCCAUCAGCUAUGAUACUGAAUGGAAAGUCACAGCACAAGCAUCGAGGGCAUGGAUCCAAGAUUAAUGAGAAUGAAGUUUCCUUAUCUUCCCUGACGUGAGCUCUGAUCAGGAGAUUUCAACUAUCUGUUGGAGAUCAAGUACCAUAUUCUACGUGUUUUAUAGUAAAACCAUCUAUUCGAGUGUAAUCGGUUAUAAUUUUAGAAGAUAUAAUAUGCAUCAAUAGGCAUGUGUGCAAACGUGUAAGAGAGAGGUUGUUUGUUGUGACAAAAUUAAACUCAAUGCAUAUCUACUGUCAAAUUUUAAUUUCA